UAUCACUUGGUUGUUUACAUUAUCAAUUUAAAACUUAUCUAAAUCUUAAAUUAAAAACUGAAGUUCAAAGUACAGAUUGAAAAGUACAUUAGUAAUUACAACAGAUUUUUUUGUCCAUAAAUUAUGUAAUACAGUUAAAAUGUUUUCUCCUCAAAGAUUAUUAACAGCUUCAGCUCGUGAACGAUGUAUAGCAUGCUUAAGGGGCCUGCCUGAAUUUGUGUUAGAAGAUGUAAGUCCAAAAAAGAAAGCUUCAGUUUUAGUUCCAAUGUGUGUAAUAAAUAAUGAAGUGCAUUUACUAUACACUACGCGAUCUACUAACUUAAGUAGCCAUGCAGGACAAGUGUCGUUUCCGGGUGGAAAGAUGGAUAAAGAUGAAAAUGUAAUAGAAACGGCUUUAAGAGAGACUGAAGAAGAAAUUGGCGUGCCUCCAGAAGCAGUUGAAGUCUGGUCUGCGAUGUCUAGCGUUCAAGGACGAGAUAAGAAUAUGCUUAUUACACCUGUUGUUGGUUUAAUUAAAAAUUUUGAGAAUCAGACUCUCAUACCAAAUGUCUAUGAAGUAGAAGAAAUAUUUACAGUACCUAUGUCAGCUCUUUGUGAUAGAAAAAACCAUGCACACUUGGAGUUUGAGAAAACUAUUCUUCCAGUAUUUUUAUAUGAGAAACAUAAAAUAUGGGGUAUUACAGGAUUUAUUACUAACUUUUUUCUACAAUCUUUCCUUCCAACUGAAAGCUAUCAAUGUGACUUUUUAAGAAAAAAAUUUGAACUUCAUGAACUAUUACCAUCAAAACUAUAGUUGCACAGUGUAAUUUCAUGUUUGAGUGGAUAUUAAAGAUAUAAUUAUAGUUUAUUACAUAUAUUAUGUAAUAGUAAACAUAUUUUGUAUAUAAAAUUAAGGCAGAAUGUACCAUACUAUGGUAUUAAG